CAGCUCGUGCCGCGAAACCCUAGCCCGCCUCCAUGGACGACCCCUCCUCCGCCUCCAAGGCCAAGCGCAGGCGCGGCCGCAAGCACAAGGCAGCCGCCGACAACAACCACGCAUCGGCGUCCCCCGAUGCCGCUGUGGCCGCUGACAACCCCGCGCCGGCCGCCGCGGGCCGCCGCGGCCGCAAGUCGCGCCGCCACGAGGCCCCGGCCGACGCGGACGGCUCGCGCCCGCCGUCCCCGCCUCGCCGCGGGGAGACGAAGCCCGUGGCGAAUGGAGGGGACACGGUGGUGGAGGCGGGCCCCGUGGCCUGGGACGAGGUCGCGAGGGUGGUGCCGUCCAUGGACGCUGUGGUGAAGGUGUUCUGCGUGCACACGGAGCCCAACUUCUCGCUGCCGUGGCAGAGGAAGCGGCAGUACAGCUCCAGCAGCAGCGGCUUCAUCAUCGGCGGCCGUCGCGUCCUCACAAACGCCCAUUCCGUAGAGCACUACACCCAGGUCAAGCUUAAGAAGCGCGGCUCCGACACCAAGUACCUGGCUACAGUCCUCGCCAUUGGGACGGAGUGUGACAUUGCACUGUUAACUGUCGAUGAUGAUGAGUUCUGGGAUGGAGUUUCGCCUGUUGAGUUUGGAUCGCUGCCGGCACUUCAGGAUGCUGUGACUGUUGUUGGCUAUCCAAUUGGAGGAGACACAAUAUCUGUGACAAGCGGAGUGGUCUCUAGGAUAGAAAUACUUUCAUAUGUUCAUGGUUCCACAGAACUUCUAGGAUUGCAGAUAGAUGCGGCUAUUAACUCAGGAAAUUCAGGUGGCCCAGCUUUUAGUGACAGGGGCAAAUGUGUUGGUAUAGCUUUUCAAUCUCUCAAACAUGAAGAUGCAGAGAAUAUAGGUUAUGUGAUACCAACCCCAGUUAUUAUGCACUUCAUUCAAGACUAUGAAAAGUCUGGAGAAUAUACAGGCUUCCCUAUACUUGGAAUAGAGUGGCAGAAAAUGGAGAAUCCUGAUCUUCGCAAAGCAAUGGGAAUGAAAUCUGAUCAAAAGGGCGUUCGUGUUCGUAGAGUGGAACCCACUGCUCCUGAGUCUGGAUGCCUGCAACCGUCAGAUAUUAUUCUUAGUUUUGAUGGUAUUGACAUUGCCAAUGAUGGUACAGUUCCUUUCAGGCACGGCGAGCGCAUUGGCUUCAGUUAUCUUGUUUCCCAGAAAUAUACUGGCGAGAAGGCCCUUGUUAAAGUCCUGCGCAAUUCAAAAAUCCAUGAAUUUAAAAUAAAGCUAGCAACCCAUAAGAGACUUGUUGCAGCUCAUGUGAAGGGCAGGCCACCGUCAUAUUACAUUGUUGCUGGCUUUGUUUUUGCUGCUGUUUCUGUUCCGUAUCUUAGAUCUGAGUAUGGGAAGGACUAUGAAUAUGAUGCACCUGUCAAGUUGUUGGUCAAGCAUUUACAUGCAAUGGCCCAAUCACCUGAUGAACAGUUGGUGGUGGUAUCACAGGUGCUUGUAGCCAAUAUCAAUAUCGGUUAUGAAGAGAUUGUCAAUACUCAGGUACUUGCUUUCAAUGGUCAGCCUGUAAAGAAUUUGAAGAACUUAGCUUCAAUGGUUGAAAACUGCAAGGACGAAUUCUUGAAGUUUGAUCUGGAGUAUGACCAGAUUGUUGUCCUUGAGACAAAAACCGCGAAGGCUGCGACCCGGGACAUUCUGACGACACACUGUAUACCGUCGGCAAUGUCUGAUGACCUGAAGACCUGAUAGAAACAGGAUGCAGCCUUCGGCUAUUUUGGUGGCCUUGCUUGGGCCACAUUUUCGGUUGGGUUGAUUAGCACCAGCUCAAUAGUCAGUGCAAAAUAUUCAGCCCGCGAGAAGCCUCAACUCAAGAAUUGAAAGCCCUCCAGAGGUUCUGGACGGCAAAGAGCAGUUGGCGACUUGGCGUCCAGCUUCACCAAAAGAAGGCUCCGAGUAAUUGAGCGUCGUCACAUCACCUAUUAGGUGGAGUGGUUACUUGAUUGAGUCAUGAUGAUUGAUGAAAGCGAUAGUGGUUACAAUAAACAAGAUUUUAUUUGAUUGCAUUGAAUUAGUGAGCUGAGAUCAUACUUCA